AUCCACUAUAGCAGUUUAUUAGCUCACUUAAUAGUGUUGACACCACCAUAUCCUACAAUACCUUGUGUGUUUUGAUUCCCGACCGACAACCGAUGGGGUUUGAAGCUUCUUUCCACAGCGCAAGCGCGUGUGAUGCUUGGCAGAUCUCAUUCAUCCACCGACGGUAUCCAGUAAAGCAGUCACUCUCCUGGAAUCGGUGGAUGCAGACGCACAGGCUUCCCAUUCGUUCUGUGGUCUCAGGUGGAUGACGACCAGCUCGACUUACCUCAUCGAGAAGUUCCCGACGUACUUCGUAGGUACUGGUAGCGCCGCAGCGGCGUUUGCUCGCAAAAUUAGACGACACUGUUUCAAGUUUCAAGCACAGGUGGGGGCCGAGCUUCCUCAACUGGUAAAGCCCGCUCGCCCCAGAAAGACAAGGGAUUUCUACCAAGCAGCCAAAGAUCGUGGUGCGUGGAGAUCAACCGACCAUCACCAAUCAGACGGCAACCGCGCAAGCCCGCCACCCGCCAUGCUCUUUGUUUAGGCCGUUCUCGACUGUUUGCUAUUGCCCUCCCCGAACGAAUCAUUUUAAUUCUUCCACCUCCGAGUCAAAUUUGCUUGCAGGUGGGAGACCCCUGGAUGAUCUGCAUACGCCAGGGGAAAACAAGGUCGGCUUUGUCUGUGCACACGAGAGCUGCCUCCCUCGAUAUGGUGGUCAGUGUUGAUGGUUUGCGGGUUUGCUC